AUGGCUACCCAAGCCCAAUCCUCUAGUAGCUGUUCUGCUGCUCUUACAGUCACUGUUGAAGGCACUCCGCUUGACAUCAGAGCAGCCUCGAGAGAACAGCCCGAUGCUCUCCGCACGGCAUUGAUCAAGGCCCUGGGCUUGGUACAGCUCUCUCCUUCAGACUUGAUUCUCAUUCAACUUCAGGAGAGAUUUCGCGUCUCUCUCGAAGGCGCGCGAUCAAAAACACCGGAUCGCCUGUCCUCAGUCGUCUAUUCAUGCAAACGAAAUAGCACUGAAGAAACAUUAUGGGAGGCCCAGCUUUGGCACUACGGCGGGGCGCAGCUUGUCGAUGCUGUUCAGAGUGCCAUCGGUAAGGUCUCUCUGGAUGGCAAGCAAUCCUCCGACACCAUGGCGCCUCAUUUAGAAGUCGGGGGACAACCUGCUGUAACCGCUUUCUACCUCAUGAACUGCCCUGCGAACCUGGAUGAUUUUGAGAAGGUGAAGGACAAGUUCUUUGCCUACGGCGGCACGUUCACGCUGGCAGCAUGUGCCGUUGCGAUAUCUGACAAUGCCCAAGUCAUGGCCUUACUUGAGAGAUUGCCGCCAAACCACAAGAGUGAAUUGGUCGCGCAUCUGCUCUGCGUGAGGCCACACAGUGAUUUCUUCCGCAUCGUCCAAGUCGUCUUCACAUCAAAGGAACGCCCAAAAACGAUGAGAUGCCGUAUCGGACCUGCCCCCCGCAAACGCAGGAAUCGAGACGGAGAACAAGCCGCCACGACGAUAGAGGAGGAUGAACAGCCGUGCAAGAGACGAGCAAGGAGGGCCUUGACGCAGCACGCCACUGACAUGGCUUGCCAGCAUGUGCUACCCCAAACUCCACCCACGGCUAGGCUUGAGAAUUCCAACGAACUGGAAACCGUUAGUGACUCUUUGCCCUCAUACUUGCAUGGAGUCGGAGGAACGGGCAGUUUUCAGACCCUUAACAAGAGGGUUGAUCCAGCAGGUUCUUGUUCUGGUGAUGGUAAGACCCUUUUUGGCGUCCCAAGCUCUACCCCCGCGGCAGGCUUUCCAAGGUUAGGAAGCAUUCGAGCUGACUUGGACACGACAGACAUGCUUCUAGAUAGCAACAACUUCUCGUUCGAAUAUUACGGUGUUGAACUAGACACGCUCGACUUCUCUACACCUUUGUGA